GUUCCCCAGUGCUGAAGUCACUAGAUGCUACUGAAGGUGACGCCGUUACUUUUGUAUGGGACCUUAUAAGCCCUGGAACAGGAAAGAUAGAUAGGUUGGAAUGGGGAAUUUGGAUCAAUCCUACCAGAUGGUAUCCCUGUAUUGUCUUGACGAGGAAAUACCCGCCAAAACAUGACAGUAAAAUAGUGUGCAAGUCUCUUUAUUCUCGGAUGAAACCCCCAACCAAAGAGAAUCUGGAGCAAGGAAUAUCAGCAAUGGUAUUGCUAAAUUUCACCAAUGAAGAUCCAAAGAACUUCUACACCGACGUUCAGCUGGAAGGGAGAUACAAUAAAGAAGAUCCUAUAAUAUAUCAAGUCAAAGUUUCCCCUAGGUCAGUGACGGUUAACCCAACCGCAAAAUCGGUCACCACAAAACCCAACAGCGCUACAACGAAAUCGGACCUGAAGAUUGUAGUACUUAUAGCACCUCUCGUGUGCUUUGCGCUACUGGCACUGGCUUGAGUUACUCAAGGGAAAAAAGGGAGCAUAAAUAAGAGAGGGAAACUUCCUAAUAAAGCGCGCGCCAUGUAAAUUCACAACAUGAAGUUCACAACUGUAUUCCUCUAUUAUGCUUCCGGCCAGGUGAGCUUAUAGAGAGUACUAUCAAUGUUUGUAUUUAUCGGGAUAUUAUAGGCACUUAUUGGAUUCAUCCAAGCCCAUUAUAUAUUGGAGAAUAUUAAAGUCGAGACUUAAUAUCUGACAUAAUGGGCGAGGAUGAAUCCUAUAGGUGUAAAGUAUAGGAGUAAAAUAUCCGUCAUUUGCUAGUGGCGUCCAAGCAAUUAUGCAGAUGCAAAUAAUUCACCUUUUCGGCGCUAGCUUGGAUUGUGUUACGGUCACCAAAACGUUCGGACA